CCAUCUUGUGGAUUGGAAUUUUAUGUGGUCUCCAACCUCUCACUGUAUUCAGAUCGUUUAACCAGAGGACUAACAGUACGGCUUAACUCAAACCAUGGUCCACGUUGCCUUUUACCGAAACUAUGGGAAAACCUUUAAGAAGCCAAGACAUCCCUACGAGAAGAAGCGUCUGGAUGCGGAGUUGAAGCUGGUGGGAGAGUAUGGGCUGAGGUGUAAGAGAGAGCUGUGGAGAGUACAGUAUGCUCUGAGUCAAAUUCAUAACAAUGCUAGAAUGCUUUUGACCCUAGAUGAGAAGAACCAACGCCGUAUUUUUGAGGGUGAAGCCCUUCUGAGGAGGAUGAACAGGUAUGGGUUACUAGACGAGAGCCAGAACAAGCUCAAUUAUGUGUUGGCACUCACUGUCGAGAACUUUCUGGAGCAACGUUUACAGACCCUGGUGUUCAAGUCUGGUAUGGCCAAGUCCAUUCACCACGCUAGAGUGCUUAUCAGGCAGAAGCAUAUAAGGGUCAGGAGACAGGUGGUCAAUAUUCCCUCAUUUAUGGUUAGGGUGGACUCACAUAAGCACAUUGAUUUUUCAUUGAAUAGUCCUUUCGGUGGUGGACGCCCUGGGAGAGUGAAGCACAAGAACCAAAAGGCAGCUGCUAAGAAGGCUGCUGGUGGAGAUGGAGGAGACAAGGAUAAGGAAGAGUAA